AUGGAGCUGUUGCCGCAAUAUGUGAUCAUGCCUCGUAAGUACAUACGAUCAAAUACUGCUCGACCAAGGGCCACCUGGUCGGAUGAGCAACUAAUGGAGGCUGUAGCAAAAGUACAGACAGGAGAAAUAUCUAAAAAGGAGGCACACAGGCGCUAUAAUGUACCCCCUCGUACCCCAAAAAGGAGAAUAAUAUCUGGCAAUUUCAAGAAAGGUGCCCUUGGCCCAGAAGGAAUUUUGGGUAGGGCCAAUGAAACAAGACUAGUUGCGCACAUUCAUCGUUUGUUAGUCGUUGGCUUUCGUCCAGCCAGAAGCACAGUUAGAACGUUUAGCUUUGCUGAAAGGCUAGGGAUAAAACACCCAUUUGUAAACCCAAAGAUGGCGGAUGACGUACAUGAAAAGGAGCUGAAUGCGACAAAAACGUCAUCGAGUAAUAGUGGAAUGCUGCAAAAAACUACUUCAGCAGAAUCGUACAGCCAAGUGUUAAAAAAGCCAUUGUAUACAAACAAUGACUCAUCUGUGUUGCUGCUUCAAUUCAAGUCGUCCUCAGUUGCCUUAGGAUUGUUGUACAGACCUCCUAAGGCUAAUCUCAAUUCUGCAGUUGAAACUCUGGAUACACUUUUGUCGCAUUUGUCUACUGUUUACGACCAUAUUAUCAUAUUGGGUGAUAUAAUACUCAGCACUGUGCUAGUGAAAUAG